AUGACAACGACAAACGCUGCUGAUCAGCAAAAGAAGUGUCGAGAAGAUGCUGACGCCGUGGAGAAUUUUUCCAAACGAUACUAUGACAUAUUUGAUACUCAGCGACAUAACAUUCACAAGUUUUAUCAAGCACAAGCUAAAUUAAUUUGGAAUGGAACGCCACAUGAUGGACGAGAUGUCAUUGCCAAACAUCUUGUAGCAUUACCUUCUACACGUCAUCACAUUUAUGCGUUAGAUUUCUUUCCCAUGAAAGAUUUAUUUCCUAAUGAAGAAACAACGUAUCAAGUGUUUGUCAGUGGUGCAGUCACAUAUGGUGCAGCAGAUAAUCCAUCAGGUCCAAAAGAAAAACGACUUUUCUCUCAUAUAUUUGUGUUAACAGUCGAUGUUGCUUCGUCUGUAUGGGUGAUUGCGAAUGAAUGUUUUCGUUUCCAUGAAUAA